GCUCUGUCCACCGGUAUGUCCUCCAGCUCGUCAUCGAGCGAUUCCUCGAAUCAGUGUCUGCCGCAAAUCGACGGGCGAGGUCUGAUGGAGACGCGUGAGAGCGCGUCUGGUGUCUCUCAGUCUCGCUCGUCGUCUCGCCUUCAAACAAGCAGCCAGACUGCCAAACAGACACUAGUUGCUCGCCCUUCUACGUCUAUAGGAUUUCAGAGAGUGUCUGAUGUUACCGCUCGUCAGUCGUCGUCAGCAGGGAAGCCGUGGAUGCAAGAGGUGGCGGAGCAGUUGAGGUCGUUGAAGUCGGAGAUGGAGCAGAAGGAUGUUGUUAUUGCGAAACUGAGAUCAGAAAACAGCCGACUCCAAGCCAAGGUUAGAUUAGAGCAAGACAGCCACACAGUCCACACACUCUGCACUCAGAUUCUAGAACAUCUCGAUGGUUCGAGCCCCACAAGCAUCGCCAGCAACCAUCUCCCUCAGUUGGCCAUCGAACGCACAUCAGCACUGGCCCAAGAACGAAACCAUCUCUCCAAACAAGUCUCCGAGCUCAGAACAAGAGCCGAUGAAGCUUCCAGUGAGCUUGCAGCCGAACGAGUGCACACGUCCAGUCAGCAAAAUGAGCUCAAGCAAACACACGACGUACUCACACAGAGACAGCAAGACGUCCAACAACUGAGGGGUGAGGUUGAACAACUGCAACAGAACUCGGCGAGGCAAACGUCGUUGGUUCAAAGUCUUCGUCAGCAAGUUCAGGAGUUAGAGAGCGAGAAGAGCCAGAAGAGCAACGAACGAAUGACAUUCGAUAUGACGAUUUCAACCCUUAGGCAGUCAGUGGAGUCACAGAAUCAUCAGAUUGCUGAAAUGCAAGAACAGUUGCAGUUGCAAUCGGAAAGUGCUAAGGCUAAUGAGCAAAGAGCAACAAAUGUUGGAGAAAGGUACAAAUCCCUUUGCCACGGCCUUGGAGAACUCCUAGAGGUAGAGGGAGCCGGUCUGAUGACAUCACUUGACGACAUGCUCGUAUCCAAAGUAACAACAAUCAUACAAGAGAACGAGGAACUCGUCUCACAGUUGUCAUCACUCAAGUCCACCCUCGAAGCCUGUGAUAUGGAUGCCCGUGCUGGAAGAGAAACUAUCAUGCGGUUGGUGGCAGAAGUUGGUAAAGAGCAGAAGGUAGCCAGUCAUCAUCAAGACGAAAUGAGCAAAGUACAACUGGAGUGCGAAACAGUCCAGCAGAAAAACAAACAGUUACUACACGAGAUAGAAACUCUGAACGGCCAAAUGUCGAUAACCAAGUCUGCUUGGAACGACGCAAAAUCAGAAAUUCAAGCAAAAGAGUCACAAAUAGUCUCACUAGAAGCACAGCUUCAGGCAACGCAACAGAAAUCAGAUGAAUUACAGUCAAAGGUGCGAGGGUUUCCUGCGCAGUUGUGCGGGUUGUUGGCGUCGGCGGGAUUUGAAGCGUGCGAGAGUGAGACUGCUAUUUUGGGGAAAGUGCAAGAAGUUCUUGGCGCUCACAAGAAUGCGCAAUCGCUUGUUCAAACACUCGAGCAUCAAGUAACACUACUAAAGCAGCAAGUCGGCGAGCAUGAACAUCUCUCAGCCAGAGCAGCCGAACAAGCACACGAUCUCGAAUCCCAAGUGAAAGAAAAAGACCAACAAACACAAGCACUUGAGAAAGAAAUCCUAGCCGUAGACGCAGUCAAAGACGAUCUAAAGAAAGACAACGAGAAGCAUUUGGAGUUCUGUAAUAAGUUGUGUGACACUUUGGAUAUCGGUCGUUUGACUAUAAGUAUGGGGCUUGAAGUCAAUCCUGAAGUGAUCGUUGCACGUGUUGAACAACUAGUGAAACAAGAGGGCGACGCGUUGAGUGAAAAGACUGUAGCGCUCAGUGGCCUACAACGCAAGAUGAGAGCAGUCAGGAAAGACAUCGAGUCACGUGAUCUGCACAUUACACUGUUACAGAAAAAGAUCACAUCACAUGAAGAAAAACUGGGUUUAUACUACCAGAGGGAAACCGAAGAAGCUAGUGCUGUUGAUAAGGCCAAGAAAUUACAGAAGCAACUGGAAAGAUCAUCGAAGCGUGUUGAAGAACAGAAAGCUUUCAUUAAGGAGCUAAAAUCUCAGCUCCAUGAUGUGGACGAAUAUCGAACUCAAGGUGUUGAAUACUUACACAAGAUCAAACAGUGCGAGCAAACAAUCGAGGAGUUGACUGCAGCAAAAGGACGACUAAACAAGCAGCUGACGACUGCACAGAAAAAACUAGAAAGCAAAGAGUCAGAAAUACGAGACACAACGGCUCACAAACACCAAACUCUUCAGGUGAUGCAACAAGAACUAGGAACAAGAGAGAAAGCACUGACAGAAGCAAAAGAGAGAGAACAACAGCUUGUAAAAUUUCGAGAUGCUUUGUCUCAAGUGCUGGGACUGGAUGCAUCUAGCACGACCGUUCCCGACUACGAUAUUGUUUCUCGGGUUGAGAAGCUCGUUGCAGCAGAGCAGGCGUAUCAGGCGACAUCACAAACACUCGAGAUGAACCUCCGCCAGCUCGGUAACAAUUUCCAGACGAGUUACGAUAGUGCAAUGGGCUUGCUGUGCUCGAGAGAACAGACAGGCGACGGUAGCACGCUGGCAAACAUUAGGCAUCUUCCAAGCGAUUUUGCUAUGAGACCAGUUUGACCACUAGCUGCCUAGUAGACCAACUACUAGAGUACAUUUAUUGUUAUAUCACUAUAGCUUUAGUCUACUGUUGAUUUGCGUUUUUGGACAGACAAAUUUUAAAUAUACAUUAUAAGAAAAUGAAAUUUAUAGCAUUGAACAUAUGAAUUUGGCGGUGUGUUGCGCAUGCGCACACAGUAAAUUUCUAGAUGGAGUUUUUGCUCGACAGCGGUCGUUUAGAUAACAGACUCGAUACAAUGACGACGCUCCUCAGACAAUCUUUCUGACAGCAACGCGUGGUGGGAUGUUUAUUUCAGAGCCAGUCUACAGCGCUUGCGCAGAUCACGUGG